AUGAGCUCCUUCAGCACCCGGGCCCUGACGCUGCUCUCCACGGUGUUCGGGGCGUGCGGCCUGCUGCUGGUGGGCGUUGCCGUGGCGACGGACUACUGGCUGCUGAUGGAGGAGGGCAUCGUGCUGCAGCAGAACCAGACCACCGAGGUCAAGAUGGCGCUGCACUCCGGCCUGUGGAGGGUCUGCUUCGUGGCCGGACCAGAGAAGGGCCGGUGCGUGGCGUCCGAGUAUUUCACCGAGCCCGAGAUCGAGAUCACGACGGAGAACACGGCCAACAUCCUGAAGAUGGUGCGGACCGCCACGCCCUUCCCGAUGGUCUCGCUGCUCUUCGUCUUCACGGCCUUCGUCAUCAGCAACAUCGGACACAUCCGGCCGCAGCGCACCAUCCUCGCCUUCGUCUCCGGGAUCUUCUUCAUCCUGUCAGGGCUCAGCCUGGUGGUGGGACUGGUCUUGUACAUUUCCAGUAUCAACGACGAGGUGAUGAACCGACCCAGAGAGGCCGAGCAGUUCUUCCACUACCGCUACGGCUGGUCCUUCGCCUUCGCCGCCUCCUCCUUCCUGCUGAAGGAGGGUGCAGGCGUCAUGUCCGUCUACCUCUUCAUGAAGCGCUACGCCGAGGAGGAGCUGUACCGGCCCCACCCGGCCCUCUACCGCCCCCGCAUGUCGGAGUGCAGCGACUACAGCGGCCAGUUCCUCCACCCGGACUCCUGGCCUCCGCCGCGGCGCGGCCGCAGCGGCUCCGACGCCUCCUCCGACAUCUCCAUCCAGCUCAACCAGACGCCGCCUUUGCGGGGGCAAACCAAGGGGGGCGGGGGCGGCGGCUCCCAGGCCACGCCCCCCUCCUCCUCGGCGCCCUCGUCGGCGGCCGGCUACCGGCUCCAGCCGGCCUCCUCCUCCUCCGCCUCCUCCUCCUCCUACCCACACCCCCUGCACAUGGGCGCCACCUCCACCCUGCCCCGGGCCCCCUCCCACCCCCACCAUCACUCCCUGCCCAUGGGGGUGCCGCCCUCGGCCGUGCCGCCCCCCCGCUACCACGCGCACAUGAGAAUGAGCGCCUCGCCAUGCUAG